UAGAGAGAGAGAGAGAGAGAAGAGAGAGUUUUAAAUUUUUUUUGCUUGAUUAAGAGAUAUGGCAAAGUGGAGUGUUGUGCUUGUUCUUGCAUUAGUUGUGGUUCACGCUAGCGCAAGAAAUGUGCCUACAGCUACUACUACUGUGCCCACAGCUACUACUACUGUGCCUACUAGCACCGUGCCUAGUAGUGUGCCUAGUGGUGCAGCUGGUGUUGAGGAGCAGAAGAACUUCCUUGGUUAUGGUGGCAUUGGGGGCUUCUCUGGAAUUGGCUCUAAUGGCUUGCCAUUCGGUGGAGCUGGGGGUCUUGGUGGGAUCACUCCCCUUGGUGGUGCAGGUGGUCUAGGUGGACUUGGUGGUGGAGUUGGGGGCUUAGGUGGGGUUACUCCCUUUGGUGGUAUAGGUGGACUUGGAGGAGCUGGUGGACUCGGUGGACUUGGGGGAUUUGGAGGCUUGGGUGGUGGCGGUGGCGCUGGCGUUGGAGGUGGCAUUGGCGGCGGAGUUGGCGUUGGAGGUGGAACUGGUGCUGCUGUUGGCACUGGUGUCCUUCCUUUUCCUUGAAAAAUUAGCGGGCUUUACCAGAAAUAAUUUAACCCAUCUUAGAGGAUAUAAAUUAUCCCAAGUGUUUUGCAUAUGUAGUUCAGUUUUUAUUCUGUGUGAGUCAGAAAUCGUCUUCUUUUGUUUACUUAUGUUUGGUUUGCUAAUGUUUUUUCAUUUGAAUCCAACGUUGUUAUGUCAUUGUAAUGGAUAUUUGACGUAAAUAAACUUUUAAUCUUCUGUUACGUUCUUCUAUCUGUUGUUGUACUUCUCUUAUUUC